CAGGGAAACAGUUCCGCCCCAAACACUAAUUUAGAGCAUAGUAAAAACAAUAGAGAAUUAAUAUCUCUUUGAAAUCAUUUUGCUAGAUUAAAUGACCUUAUAAAUAUAACUUUUAUUUGCACCGAUCACUGUAUUUAGUUGCCGACGCUUUUAUAAAUUGAUACCAUGUCAAGUGACGGAACCAAUUGAGAUGCUGGAACCAGCGCCCAGUCAAAGAAGAAGGUCGGCGUGACGUUGACCUCAUCAAGAUGGCGGCGCGGUAACGACAGCCCCAGUUACAGGCAGAUGAUGGGGUCGAGUGGCUGUGAGGAGACGAGUAGCGAGGUGCUCUCUUUAUUCACCUUCUGUGCUCGGACCAUCAGUGAGAACGUGUCCCGGCUGGAGCAGGGGAUAUGUGAUUUGCCAGCAGUGGUCUUUCAAGAGCUGCUGCAAUUUCUUAACAUUUAUGACCUGGAGAGGAUCGAAGAGGUCGCGGUAAGGAAAGGUAUUUCUACUCGAGCUUUUUGGCAUCAGAUUUGGAAAGAUGUGAUAGGAACAAAUCCUAAAGCUAAGACAGAACAUAUUAACUGGAGGCAAAAGUUUUUGCAAACAUUCUUUCAUGGUGUUCUUUGGGGAACAUUGGAUAUUUUGAGCGACAGGCAACUAAAUAAUUCUCGUUCUUCUGCGUUAAUUCUUGCUUCUCGACAUGUUAGCAAACUUGUAAUUCGCAACAAGCUUCAAGGAGUGAAGGAACUGGCUGAUAAUCCAACCAUUUGUAGCCGUUUAGCGAGCACCGUGCACAAGCUGGUGUUUCAACAUUUACGUUCUGUGGAUCACACAUUGCAAGAUUCGCUCUUAACGUUGCUUCAUGGUCUCAUUCACCAUGGAGUUGUGAAGGAGGUGGCACUGUCACAUUGGAAUGAGCCCCACCCUGAAUUAUUGGCCCUCCUACUGAGGACAAGUGCAGGACUGUGGCAUGCAAGAAAGAAGGAAUCUCAGUAUAAUGAAUGUUGUGAUGAGGAUAGAUUAAAGAUGAACAUUAAAGCAAGGGAUUCAACAGUUCAGAAAAAUAUAUUGGAUUGUUGCCAGCAGGAGGCUGUUAGGAGAUUCACCACUGCUGAAGACAAUGCAGCUAAGACAGUUAUGUCUGCAACUGCCGGCAUGACUUCUGAUGAUCUGAUAUCUCCCAGUACAUAUCAUGCAACCUGUGAAGAAAUAUCAUGUGGAGAACUUGGAAUAAUACCUGAGGUUAGUAAUUGUAGUACACGUAAGAUUCAUCCAAAAAAGUGCAAAUCCUGUCUCGGGAUGCAGAAUCCAUUGAGAAGUCGUGAUACACGCAGUGUCGGUUUAGAUGUGAAGCUUUUUUCGGAAGGCAAUGGCAGAGCUUCGGCAGAACCACAUUCUUAUUCAAGCCAUGAUCUGUUUGAACCAACUUAUCUUUCCAACAAGACUUGUGAAAGCAAUUGUUGUAGCGAGCAGCAGAUUAUUAAAGGGCAGUUGUAUUCUGCACCUGGCAGAGUUAUGAAAGAAAUGGAGUAUUCUGAACAACAACACAGUGCUUCUGAAGAAAUAACAAGCUAUUCCCAUGAAGCUAGCAGCAGGACUUUUACGGAGCCACGCUCUCCCCAUGCUGCCGCAAGGACUUCCGAAAGGCUAGUGUCUCAUAAAUGUGCAAAUGGUUUUCAGAACCACAACUCUGCUAUUGUGGAAGAAGUUGCCUUUUCAGAAGAGCUAGGAUGUCCAAGGAUGGUGUUUGGUGAACUUGGAACAAAUGCACACAGCAGAACUUUAGAUGAAUCUUAUGUUUGCCAUCCAAGCACUUGUUCAUCAGAAGAUUUGACUCCAUGCUAUGCUUAUAAUAGAAUGUGUAAGAAGCCACGACUCACUGAUGUGUGUAACUUCAAGUCAGAAGAAAAAUCAAAGACAAAUCAAAGGUUAUCUGAAGAGAUUGAGAAACAAGGGGACAUCUAUGACUAUAUAUUUAUGAUUGGUAAAAGUAAAACAAAAUCUGUUCAAAAUACAUCAGACAGUGAUGAAACCAAUGACAGCCUAUUAGAAGACCUGAGUGAUGAUGCUCUUACUGGGGAAGAGCAAGCUGACACAACGUUUUCAUCUUCUCCGGAACUGUUUGCGAGGAGUGUGUCGGUGCUGGAAAUUACGUCAGUCGCAUUGUCCUACAAAUCUGCCGUGAUGCUAUCCAAGUUGCUCAGUUCAUGGGUUUCCCUCCAGAAACUGGUCUUGGAGUACAAUGGCCUGGGUCCUGCCAUUUUUCUGGUCCUUAAGGGGCUCUACGUACUUUCUUGUCGCAGCAGUUGUCUUUCCACUCUAGUAUUAAAAGAUGAUAUCUUACACCUUCCCCUAGUAAAACUUAUUGAAAUCAUAAUUGGCAUCUUCCCCCACCUUCAAACAUUCCAUUUGGGAUUCCUGCUGGAAAUCCAAAGUGAAUCAUUAGAAAACAAGUUGUUGACGGGUACUCCAGAAAUAAGAGGUAGUUGCCUGGAGAAUUUGAGUCUGAGUUGUACAAACAUGCCGCUACAGGUUGACAUGCUGCUGACAGUUUUAAAGGAAUUGAAAGUCCUUAAAUACCUAAAUCUGCACAAGGCAUCAUUUAAUCCACCUGAUGCACUUGGCAAAUUGCUGCAUGCAGCUACAUGUUUAACUAUGGAUAACUGCCAUCUGUUUGAAAACCACAUAGAAACAGUGUCUGAAAUUGUCACUGCUCUAAAACAAAAUCAAUCCCUUAAAUCCUUGUCUCUGCCUGCAAAUCGAUUGGGAAACAAAGGUCUGCUGUCACUCUCAAAGCUCUUUACUGAGGAUUCUUUGUCUUGUAUCUCCUGCCUGAAUGUGAGUGCUAAUUGUAUUCGUGGGGAUGGACUACUUGAGUUUGCAAUGGUCCUUACGAAAGCUGACUUGGAACGGCCUGGCCGGCUAAAGCUGAAAGAACUGAACGUAAGUGAGAACCUAUUCUUCAGAGAUCCUGCACUUACCAAAGAGGCAAUUGAACUCUUCAAAAACAAAUGUCAUGUAAUCACUGAACAGUCUCUUACUGACCCAUUACAAGCACUUGCUGAUUAUUCCAGUGUAAUGUAAAUAUUUCCAAUAUUGUAUUUUUUCUGUACCCUUGUUCAAAUGGAUUUGUUGUUUUAUGACCAAAGCUAUGUCUACUUUAUUGGAAAACAGUUUAAAAAAAAAAAAAAAACGGACAUGAAAUCCAAGUUACUCCAAUGUAACUCUUGAAACGAUUUGAGAUGUAUUUUGGACAACAGACAAUUAUGGGGUUGUUUCUUCCUCCAAGUUUUCAGAGUACUUUGUACUAACGACAAUAUGUUUUUAUAAGUAUGAUUUUGUUUGUUAAAGGAUGGUACAGUAAGCCUUAAUGUACCAAAUCUAAUCUUGAGUCACUUAAUUUUUCAUGCCUUAACAUUACCAGGUUUUAUAAAGAUAAUGUAAUUUGAAGCAAUGAAUUAUUGUAAUAAAGUUUCAUAAUAAA